AUCACAAAUCCCAAAAUUCCAACGCAAAAGCUAUUUUCUUUCACUCUUCACACCCUCCUUUUAUCCAUCUCUCUAACCACUUUCUCUCUCUUUCAUCGUCGCAACGGAAUGGCUUCCUUCACGUGCUCCCCCACCUCCCUCCAGCUUCGAUUGGCCUUCGCCGCACCCAAAUUCCCCCUUACCCCGCACUUGCGAAUGCGCAACCUCAAAAUGAAUCGCGUUCGCCCUCUACGCGCCGAGCGGGACGGUGCCGCCUCGGAGUGGACUGGGUCCGGGCUAAACCUCGACGGCUUCUCCGGCUGGUCCGACACCGACGCCGAGCAACAGAACGACAAGAAGGAGUCCUAUGGAGGAGUUGUGGGAGUAGGAUUGGCUGGAGUGCUUCUCCUUUCAGGGCUUACCUUUGCUGCCUUAUCUCUGGGCAAACAAACCGGUUCCAGACCAGAGCAGCACAUGAAGCCCUUGACUACCCAGCAGGAGGAAGUUUUGUCUUCUGAUGAUCAUAAUAAUGAAACAACAGAACAAACAAAUGUUGAUAAGGUGGAGCAAGGAAAUGAUAAAAUAGAAGGUCAGAUAGAUAUGUCCAAUGAUUAUUCAUCUUCUGAGUCGGGUAAUAUUUACCGUGACUAUAGUAUUGUUGAUGAUUCUGAUAUAGGAUCCCAGUCGAUAUAUGAUAGUAAAAACCCCUCCGUUGAUGUUGAUGAUGCCACUAAACAUAUAUUUGUUCAAGAAGACUUACGGCAUGAGUCAGCUUUUGAUAACAAGUUAGUUUUUGCCAGUAAAAGCCCAGUCUCACUUGAAUCUGAAAAUACUGUUGAUUCUUUUAAUGCUAAUGGAUUUAGAGAUUUUGAUAGCAACCCUGCUGUAGAUACAGCAGAAUCUACUGCCAAUCUUAAAGAAAACCUAUUCAAUGUUGAUCCAGGAGAUCUGCCCAACUACGAUGGUGCUGAACCACCACACCUUAAUGCUGUUCAGCAUGAUGAAAUAACCAGUUCAAGUGGAAGUGUUACUUUUGGUUUUAGCGAAACCUAUUCUAGUUCAGGUGCUGAUAACGAGACUGAAAUUGUUAGUGUUGUGGUCAGUCCCGAGUCAAAUAACACGAUUUCAGAUCAUAAGUUUUUCAAUGAAGCUGUUGAAGAAAAUAUUCUGUCAGCUUCAGAGAAAGAAAGCCUUGAUCUGAACAAAAUUCCACAGGUCUCUGCUGAGGGAAAUGAGCCAUCCCUCGAAGAGUGGAGCAUUCCUGGAAAUGAUGUGUUUGAAGAAUCACCUGUUUUAUUAUCAGCCAAUGCACUGGUAGAUGAGAAGGUUAUGAAUGAUAAUUAUGAGGUUGAUGAAGUUAAAUCUGAAUCUCCAAAUUUUAGAUCCUUUUUCUCUGUUCCUGGUAUUCCCGCUCCAUCAGUAGUUUCUGCAAAUGCACAAGUGUUUCCUGGAAAGGUUUUAGUUCCUGCAGCUGUUGAUCAAGUCCAGGGGCAAGCACUAGCUGCACUACAAGUUUUAAAGGUCAUUGAGCCUGAUGUUCAACCUAGUGAUUUAUGUACUCGUCGAGAAUAUGCUCGCUGGUUGGUGUCUGCUAGCAGCACUCUUUCAAGGAGCACUGUUUCGAAAGUGUAUCCGGCCAUGUACAUAGACAAUGUUACUGAGCUUGCAUUUGACGAUGUCACCCCGGACGAUCCUGAUUUUUCUACCAUUCAAGGCUUGGCAGAAGCUGGACUUAUUGAGAGCAGGCUUUCAAGACAAGAUAUACAAUUGUCUGGUGAUGAAGAUGAUAGUCCAUUUUACUUCUCCCCUGGAAGUCCUUUAUCGCGUCAAGAUCUUGUCAGUUGGAAAAUGGCCCUGGAGAAAAGACAGCUUCCAGAAGCUGACAGAAAGACACUGUACCAACUUUCUGGUUUUCUGGACACUGAUAAGAUACAUCCUAAUGCAUGCCCUGCCCUAGUAGCUGAUCUAUCUGCUGGCGAGCAUGGAAUAAUAGCUCUUGCUUUUGGUUAUACAAGAUUGUUCCAGCCAGAUAAGCCAGUUACAAAAGCUCAAGCAGCUAUGGCUCUAGCUACUGGAGAAGCUUCUGAAAUAGUUAGUGAAGAGCUUGCACGCAUCGAAGCAGAAUCUAUUGCUGAAAAUGCUGUUGCUGCUCAUAGUGCUUUAGUAGCUCAGGUAGAGAAGGAUAUCAAUGCAAGUUUUGAGCAGGAGCUUUUAUUAGAGAGGGAAAAGAUCAAUGCUGUUGAAAAAAUGGCUGAGCAGGCAAGACUCGAGUUAGAAAGGUUAAGAGCUGAGAGAGAAGAGGAUAACCUUGCAUUGACAAAGGAGCGUGCUGCUAUUGACUCAGAAAUGGAGGUUUUUUCAAAGUUAAGGCAUGAGGUUGAGGAUCAAUUACAAAUCCUUAUGAAUGACAAGGUAGAAAUAGCACAUGAAAAAGAGAGGAUUAACAAACUCCGGGAACAAGCAGAAGUUGAAAACAAGGAGAUUGCUCGUUUACAAUAUGAGCUAGAGGUAGAACGUAAAGCCCUGUCUAUGGCCAGGGCUUGGGCAGAGGAUGAGGCCAAACGAGUGAGAGAGCAAGCAAUAGCCUUAGAGGAGGCUAGAGAUCGUUGGGAGAGGCAUGGGAUCAAAGUGGUAGUUGACGAUGACCUCCGCAAGGAGGCCUCCGCUGGAGUUACAUGGCUCAAUGCCUCAGAGCAGAUUUCGGUUCAAGGAACAGUCGACAGGGCCGAGAACUUAUUGGACAAGCUCAAACUAAUGGCAUCAGAUAUCAGAGGAAAAUCUAGAGACAUACUUGACAAAAUCAUUCACCUGGUCUCCCAAUUUAUAUCAAAAUUGAGGGAAUGGGCAUCCAGAACAGGAAAACAAGCUGAAGAAUUUGGAGAAGCUUCCAUAUCAAAGGUAGGUAAGUCAGCCAGUGAGUUGCAACAAAGUGCUAUUGAAGUUGGAUUUGGUAUCAAAGAAGGUGCAAAGCGUGUUGCUGGUGAUUGUAGAGAAGGGGUUGAGAAAAUCACUCAAAAAUUCACACAGAAGUUCAAGACCUGAUAUCUAUUACCCUCAACAUUUUUCAACCUUAUUGGCUGUUGAGUGGCCGGUUAGCUUUGAUUUAUAUUCAGUGCUUCAAUAGAGAUAUGUACCAGACAGAUGCAGGGACAUUGGCGGUUCUAAUGACUGCCUUUUGAAGAUCACAACAUAUUCACAUGAAGCCGUGUUUGUAUAAUUGAUACUAGUAAGAAUUGUAGUUGAGGAAUAACCAGUUGUAAUUCAACAUGUUGUCAUGCCUGCAUCGCGUUUAGAGUAAAAGAUAAGCGGCAUGGAUACUACUUUUCUUUUGAAGCAUGCUUUGUGUAAGUUUUCAUGAAUCAUGAUCAUUACUCA